GCCGCGCGCGGAGCUUGCAGGUGCUGUCGCUGUCGCCUUUGCCGCUGUUUGCUCAGCUCGGCGCGUGCCCGUAGCGCUCCGAUCCCCGCAGCCGGCCCGGGGCGCGCUCGGUGGCUCCGGGCAGUGUCCCCACAGCAGCACAGCGGCCAUGGCCACCAAGAUCGACAAAGAAGCUUGCCGGGCGGCAUACAACCUGGUGCGCGACGACGGCUCGGCCGUCAUCUGGGUGACUUUUAAAUAUGACGGCCCCACCAUCGUCCCAGGCGACCAGGGAGCGGAGUACCAGCAGUUCAUCCAACAGUGCACAGAUGAUGUCCGGUUGUUUGCCUUUGUGCGCUUUACCACCGGCGACGCCAUGAGCAAGAGGUCCAAGUUCGCCCUCAUCACGUGGAUCGGUGAGAACGUCAGCGGGCUGCAGCGUGCCAAGACUGGCACGGACAAGACGCUGGUGAAGGAGGUGGUCCAGAAUUUCGCAAAGGAGUUUGUGAUCAGCGAUCGGAAGGAGCUGGAGGAAGAUUUUAUCAAAAGUGAGCUGAAGAAGGCUGGAGGAGCCAAUUACGAUGCCCAGACUGAGUAGCCCCAGCCCUGUGCCCCUGCCAAGCCAUCUGCCUGCUCCUCGGGGAAGGGGCCACGACACCAGCCCUCCAGGGAAGGGAGAAGUGCUGAGCGGUACUGGCCGCCACCUGUGCCUGUGGCCCUAGCCCCCCCCUCUGCCUCCCUCAUGCCCCUGCCCUGGCCUGUCUCACAAAGCUCAUGAAACAUUUUUCUUUGAUCUAGCGCCCCCCCUCUUUCAUUCUAAAGAAAAAUAAUUUUGGUGCCAAGGUCAUGUGUGCCAUCACAUUCCAGGUGCCUGCGUUGGUGGGUCCUGGUCUGGCAUUUCCCUUACGCUCACUGUGGCCUGUCUACUGUGAACCAUCCUGGCCUCCGUGGCUGCUGGGAAGUGGCCCUGGUGCCAUCCCCAUUUUCCAUGGCCUCCUACUUACUGCUAAGCUGGCUGUUGUGCCAGGAGCCACCUGCAGCCUUCCUGAGCUCACACCUGCCCCCCCAGACCUCCGAGACUUGGCUCCAGACCCUGCACCCCACCCCUAUUCAGAGUCACCUAAGCU